GAUUCUUUUUGUUUUUCUUUUUAGAGUUUAGUUUAUCUAUCACCUUUUUUUUUAUAAAAAAUCAUGUGUAUAUUUUAUUGUUUCCUUGAACUUGAAUUCUUUCAUUCUUAUUAGUUCCUUUUUUUUUCAUUUUUUUUUAAUGAUAAAUCCAACCAUGACCUGGGGCAAAAAUGCAACGUUUGCCGCAGUUAACCUCAUUCUGGCCGAGAUUAUUUGGAGGCUUGGUAGGAUUCUGCAUGAAUACCUAAAAUAUGCCAAACACUAUCCAUUCAAUAGAAAAAUCCGAACAAUUUUCAAUCAUGGAUUCACAUUCGAACAAUCAUUUCUAUGCUUGAUGGCAAUCGUUGUUGCGAUAGUGACUACGCAAUACUCAAGUGCUUUGAUAGUUUUUGAUGGCUUUCUAGAACAGUCUCAUCUCCUUCCUAUAUGGUGGAUAUUCCGAUUUGUUCAAAUUACCAAGUCCGCUUUUGACUAUUCGGACUUUAUAAGAUCUGAUAGUGGAUUAGAUUAUGCUACCGGAAUGGCAUCAAACUACUUCCAUGGCUAUCUAAAUCUUACCCUACCAAAACAUGGCAACCAAAAUGGAAUUAGGAAGCGAAUUGAAAACUAUGAAUCCAUACAUGACGUUGAGUUCGCAGUUAAACGCCUAAUGAUCCUCAUUCCGAAUUCAUUGCACACUAGACCCGUUAUUGAAAGCCCUUUAAUGGAACGGCAAGAAAGAAGACCACUUGAAGGCGUAAGAAGAGAUCGUGCUGGGGUAUCCCGUCCAUUUACAAACGAUGUUUAUAGAAUUGAAAUCGACGGGAAGCCCUAUUAUAUUACAGUAGAAGGUGCAACACCCCUGCUAAGCUAUUUCGAUGCAUUGAACUUCUAUUUGACGAGUACUUGGCAAAUGAAAGCUAUGCAGAAGGAAAUCAUGAUAAAAUUCUAUAGAUAUUUGAAGAAUAUCCUAGAAAAAUGGCCAGCUACUCAGGAACAAUGUGAACUGGUGUUUUAUAAUGAUUAUACAGCCGAUGGACGGCCACAAGAUGUUGGGGAGGUUCUUUGCUUACAUAUUAAAAAUAUGUGGGCCACGAGCAGGAAGAAGUAACAAUCUUACACUUACAGUCCUUUUAAACUGAGCUCAUCAUAGCUAUUUUAUAAACACAAAAAGAUGCUAUAUAAAAUAUUUGUAUUUAAUUCUUUGUUCAUGUAUUAUAUUUAUGUAUCUUUACUAUUUUUAAAUAAUUUUGUUAAUUAACUAAGCUAAUUAAUUAAACAUGACCGCAGGCAUAUUUUUAUAUCAAUAUGAAAUUUAGUUUAAUGAAUAUUUUAAAAUAGUUUUAAAAAAGAUUUGCGAAUAUUGGUUUUAAUUAGAAUAUAAUUUCAUGAAUUAAGAGAUAUCAAAAAUGAUUUUUACAGUGUGCCCCUUGUGAUAAAGUUCUCAAUAAAUUUAUUUGUGAUUAAAA